AUGGCGGUCUUCAUCGCCCUCGUCUUCCUCGCCGUUGUCAUCAUCAUUCCCGUCCUCUUCCUCGUCCCCCGCAUGCCCGAGUUCGCCGUCUCUUCCGCUUGCGUCACUGGCUUCAACCUCUCCUCCGCUCAACAGCAGCAAUUGUCCGCUUCCUUCGACCUCAACCUCACCGUCCACAGCCCCAACCGUCUGAAGCGCAUCUACUACGAGCGAGUCACCGCCAGCGUGGUAUAUGCCUCCGACAUCUUGUCCGAAAACACUCUCGCACCCUUCGAUCAAGGGAAGGGCGAAACCACCGUUCUCAGAGUUCGAUUGGCGUCGCUCGGGGAAUACGUCAAUUCCGAUGUGGCGAGGGGGAUCGAGUCGGACCGUGGACGAGGUGAUGGUGCAAAAUAUCAUGCGUCCAUCGUCUGCGCUACGCUCUCGGGGAUUUUGAAGAUUGUAGUAAAAAUAGAUUCAGAUGGUAAAAUGCUGGUUUAUUCACUUGAGCUCCACUACAAAAAAUAA